AUCACGAAGAGUACAAGCGGGAGAAUGAGCGGCCUAUUCUUUAACAAAGACAGUGCAACCAGUGCAGGAAGACAGCCAUUCAAGGUAAUCAUCCACAAAGGAGAACUCGCACAAGUUGAACAAUGGGUUCGCCAGCAUAAGCAAAUUGAAACCGGAGGAGAUCUAUUCGGGUUCUGGUCAACAGACAACACCGCUGUAGUGCAACUUGUCCUGGGUCCAGGCGAAGGCAGUCGUCGCUCUGUGGUGUCAUUUUACCAAGACACUCAGCAUUUAGCCAAUUGUGGGAAAGUUUUCACCAAUGAGUACGGUUUGUGUCACAUUGGUGAAUGGCAUUCUCACCACAGCCUAGGUUUGGCCCAUCCAAGUAGGGGCGACCAAGAGACAGUGUGGAGUAACAUGCCCAAGUACGGUUUCAAACGCUUUAUCAUUUUCAUUGCAAACAUAGAUAGAGAAAGGUCAAGCAUAUCAAGUACAACUCCAUGUGUCCCAGUUGGUCUUGGCUGCUUUCUUUUUGAAGUGAAAGAUACGGAGACUUGGCAACAUUACCCUUUGAUGCAAGGAUCCUUUGAGAUCGUGCAUUGUCUGUCCCCUUACAGACAGUUACCUCAACUGUCUCAAAUAAUGGCUGAUGGAGCUGAAACAAUCAACGAAAUUAAUCUGGAUAUUACCAUAGAAAGAAAGCGAUCCAGAACAAAAGGGACAAAUGAGGGUAUCGUAUUGAUGUACAGAAUACCGGAAAAUCGAGUCUAUGAAACACAUCCCCUACCUGAGCGGUCACCAUAUCUUCGAGGAGAGCUUAACCGUCCCCACUAUGGUCACGUUCCACCUCUUGAAGAAAAAGGGCUCCAAUCAGCGACCGUUACUAUUGAUUCAUUAGAGCCAGGGCAAAUCAUAAACAUGUGGAAAAGACAACUAACCCCGGACCAACAGGCUUUCUUUCAACAUCUAGGCGAGGAACUAAACGGUCAACUAGCACGUGAAAUUAAUGCAGUCACUAUCCAGUUUGUUGUGAAAGUGCCCAAUUUAUGUGAUGUCGCCUGCAGAUUGGUGUGCCCAGAAGAGCAAAUUGACGUGCUGCGGUUGUACAUAGCAGGAUCCAUGAAGGACUCUUAUGAUUUUAAAAUUGGAAAAGUUUUCCUUGAACCUAAUUCGUGGGUACAGCUUGUCUUACAGACUGUGAAAGAACAAGUCUACAGAGCCGUGACUCAACUACUAAGCAGACCUGGUGAAGCGUCUGCCCAUAACGUCCCCGUGGACAUGGAUUACGUUAGUCAACAAAAUCUUGAUCAAGGACAGCAGACGUAAACAUUGCACAGUCAAUAACCCCAAAUCCCACAGGAGAGAAAUCUACCUCUUAACGUGAUAUUCAAAUCCUUAUCAGUGACUCAGUGAUCAUCAUUUAUUGCUCAGUUAUGACUGCUGUUUGAAUCACCUUUGCAGCUGAUUGAUAUUGUUGUUCUUUAAGUAUAACAUAGUACUGUGGUCCAAUGUUAUGAUGAGACAUUUGAAGAAAUGUAUUAAUUAAAUUGAAAUUUUUGAUAUAAUAGUAAUUAAGACUGAUGAUUGCUU